AUGAAGCCCGACCUCUUCGACUGCCUCCCGCGGCCGACGGCGCUUCUCCUCCUGUGCAGCAUCUUCGACCUAGCGCGCGCCCAUGCAUUACAUAAACUGGCCCGGCAAACGCCGGCGCCGACCAUCACGGUCCCGCAUCACGCCCUGAAAGUCGUCUCAUGGCCACUGCGACCUACGCCGCCGCCGGUCGAUUUCCGCGCGCUUCGGCGCCGGCAGGAGAACACGGUGUGCGGCUACAUCAGCGGGGAUCCCGCUCUGCCGGCGACAUGCGGCUCGGGGUCGCAUUGCGUGCUUGACAUGGAACACGGCGUCGUGGGCUGCUGCCCCAAUGGCGCGCCGUCCUGCACCGCCGGUGUCUUCACCGGCUGCGUGGAUGCGAACAGCGGGCCGCAGACCGAGGUGAACCCGUACGUCUUCAGCUGCACGGGUGCCGCCGUCUGCUACAAGAACGUCUUCGACGGCGGCUUCUCGCAGUUCGGCUGCGGGACGGCGAGCAACGAGGCAGCAACGGUGCUCAACAGCGCGAGCGGCCUCACCGCCUCCCUCACCCGUCCCACCGUAAGCCUCUCGCUCACGCAGAGCGUCCGCACCCUGAGCAAGCCAACAACGCUCGGCACUAUCUCCAGCACAUCCUCCUCCUCAUCCGGGACACACCCCAGCUCUUCAUCGCUCUCCGCAUUGACGGCCGCGGCCACCUCGUCCUCGGGCGCCUCCGCCGCGACCAACAGCACAUACCGCACAGGUGCCAUCGUAGGCGGCACCAUCGGCGGCCUGGCCGUGCUCAUCGCGCUCGUCGCGCUGGCCUUCUUCUUCCUCCGGCGGCGCCACGCCAACGUGCGCCAGGGCCCCGGCCCAGGCGGCGUGCGCGGCAAGGUGAUCAGCCCGCCCACGCCGCGCGGCGGCACCGGGUUCGCCGCCGUCGCCCAGGACCCGGACGCGUUCGAGACGGGGCCCGGCGGCAGCGUUUUCAACCCCCAGCCGCCGAUGGCCGCCAACCCCACCACCGCCGCCGCCGCCGCCGCCACAGUGCGCACCACGCUCCCGCCCAUCGCCACCGGCCCGCCCAUGCCCUUCCAAAGCGACGUCUCCCCCCUCGCCGACGACCCGCUCGACCCGGACAACGACCGGUCCCCCUACGCCGGCGCCUCCGCCGCAGCCCCGUCCUCCGUCUCCUCCUCCUACCCGCCCUCCUCCAGCGGCGGCCUCAGCGACGCCGCGCCUUUCCCUCCCCUGGGCGGCGCGCAGUACCAGCAACAGCACCAGCACCAGCACCAGUUCCAGUUCCCCGCCGCGUCCUUCCCCGCCUCGUACGCAGCCGGCGGGGCGGGGCUGAUGGGGAUGGGCGGUGCCGGUGCCGGUGCCGGUGUUGGUGCCGGUGUUGGUGGGAUGAUGAUGACGAACCCGCUGCUGCAGGUAAACCGCGGCAGCGAGCGGCAGGUGCAGCAGCUCGAGGCCGACCAGGUGCCGCUGACGCGGGGCAUGGAGGACUACUCCAUGACGGGGUUCCAUGCCGCGCUGGGGCGGAUCGGCGAGGAGGACGAGGAGGACGAGGACCUUGAGCCGUACCGUGAUCAUCAUCAGCAGCAGCAGCAGCAGUAUCAGUACCUGGGCGGUGGUCACGGUGGUGGUGCGCAAGCGGACACCGGGGUUGGGGGUGGUGGUGCUGCUGGGGAUGGAGGUGGAGGUGGGGGUGGGGGGACGCAUGAUAGGACCGGGUCGGCGUCGAGCGAUAGCAAACCGCUUUGGCAGCAGAAUCGGGGGCAGAGUCGGAAUCUGAUGUGGAUGUGA